GUUUCCGGGGCAGCGGCCAUAUUGAAUAUCCACUUCUCAAGGGUAAAGUCUCCCGAGCCAGAAACAUGUACCGGUUUGGCAAAGCAGCUCUCAAUAUCACGAGGCAGGCCUCUCGACAGGUGAGAUACGGUUCCACCACAACUCCAGACUUUCAUGCAAAAUAUGGGACCGCUGUCCUGGUCGGAGGAGCUGCCUUCUGCACAGCUGUGUGGGGAUAUGUUCUGACCCAGACGGGCCUCACAUGGAACCUCUCUCCUGUUGGUAAAGUUCAGCCUAUACCCUGGAGACAGGCUGAAGAGGAGGAGUGAAGAUAGAGCUGGUUUUGGUUGUACAGAAGAUGAAAACGUGUCCAAUAAACAACUGUGGUUAUUCCAAAAUAUUCUUGUUCCAUGUUCAAUAAAUUAACUGAUUCUAAA